AUGGGCAAUGGCACGGCAGAGCCCUCGUCGAAGCCGAGGCCGACCUUCUCAUCGGGUCGGGACGAAGCUGCGGAUGCCCCGGACUUGCGAAUCCUCCACUACAACGACGUCUAUCAUGUCGACCAGGCCAGUGCCGAGCCCGUCGGCGGCUUUGCGCGCUUCAUGACCCUGGUCAACGAGUAUCGAGAAGACAAGCUGCCUAACCUCUUGACCCUUUUUUCCGGCGAUGCCUUCAACCCAAGCCUCGAAAGCAGCGUCACCAAGGGCAGCCACAUGGUUCCCGUCCUCAACACCAUUGGGACUGACUGCGCUUGCGUCGGGAAUCACGACUUGGACUUUGGCGUCGAACAGUUCCGCCACCUCGCCGAGAAGUGCCAGUUUCCCUGGCUCCUCGCCAACAUCCUCGACCCAGCCCUCGGCGUCGACGUGCCUCUGGGCAAUGCCGGCCGCACGCACAUGCUCACCACCUCCAACGGCAUCAGGGUUGGCCUGAUUGGCCUGGGUGAGCGCGAAUGGCUAGAAACAAUCAACAGCGUCCCGCCCAAUCUCAUCUAUCAAUCGGCCACCGCCACCGCAAAGGAACUGGUCCCCAAGCUGCGCCAGCAAGGCGCCGACAUUGUAAUUUGCCUGUCACAUAUGCGCGAGCCCAACGACAACAAGCUCGCGGAGCAGACGGACGGUAUCAUGGACAUCAUCCUGGGCGGUCAUGAUCACUACUACAGCCACAGCAUCGUCAACGGCACCCACGUCCUGCGCUCGGGCACCGACUUCAAGCAGAUGAGCUACCUCGAGGCGCGGAGGAAAAGGGACGGCUCCGGCAAGUGGGACUUUGACAUCUGGCGCCGCGAUGUUACCUCGGACGUGCCCGAACACGAGCCCUCGGCCAAGCUCGCCCGCCAUCUCACUUCGAAGCUGCAAAAGUCUUUGUCGCGGCCCGUUGGCUGGACGGCUAUGCCGCUCGACGCGCGCUUCAGCACUGUGCGCAUCAAGGAAUCCAACAUUGGCAACUUUGUCUGCGACGUCAUGCGGCGCUACCACAGCGCCGAUUGUACAAUCAUGGCCGGGGGCACCAUCCGCGGCGACCAAAUCUAUCCUCCAGGAGCUGUUCGCAUCAAGGACAUCACAAACUGCUUCCCCUUUGAGGAUCCAGCCAUUUUGUUGCGAGUCUCCGGCCAAGCCAUUUGGGAUGCUUUGGAAAAUGGUGUUUCGACGUAUCCCGCUCUGGAGGGCAGGUUCCCUCAAGUCUCCAACAUUGUCUACGAGUUUGGCCCGAGCAGAGCAAGCGGCAAGAGACUCACCUCCUUGUCCAUCGGGGGCGAACAAUGGAUCCCGGACAAGCAGUAUCUUCUUGCGACGAGAGGAUACAUGGGGCGCGGCAAAGAUGGCUUCACCAGCUUGCUCGUCAAAUCAGAGGGCGGUCAGGCAGAGGAACUUGUUGACGAAGAGCACGGCAUUCUCAUCUCAGCCAUGCUGCGGCAAUACUUCAUGGGCCUGCAGACAAUUGGCCAGUGGAAGAAGCUGUCGGACCACUGGGUUGGGGUCGCCAAGGGUGCCGUGCCUUUGGCAUCGGUGCGGAAGAGGGAGCACAGCAAAAUGGACGACAGUCCGGGUGUCCUAGGGUCACUCGCCUCGAGCAGUAAACAGGACGCGGCCGGUGAGACGACUUGGCAUGGCUUUCUGCACCAGCGCCUUGGCCUCGGCGAAAAGCCUUUGGACGACGACGAAGACGAUCACUUCGACUACCUACACAUGGACGAGAGCGCAGCCAACGGCGUCACCACAGACAGGAUGGAUUGCGAAGUCCUGCUUUUGAGAAAGUUCUGGACUCGCUGGGCGCGCAAGGCUGGCGUGAAGGCGGCCGUGUGCGAUCCGAUGAAGGAGGGCGAGUUUGACGUGGACUGGACGCGAGUGAUUGCACCGCGCGUCGAGGGGAGAAUCAAGAUUUUGGCGUCUUGA